AUGGCUGGGGCAACUGACACAAAACUAUGGGAUGUGGUAGAGGACUCCCAGGCAAUCAGGGAGAAAGAGGGAAAAACACUGAUUGGAUCACCUGAUCUUGAGUGGGAAUAUCUCAACAACGAGCAAGCAGAAUUGGGUGAACAAGGGCACCCCAGAAAUGGGUCAGUGAGAGGGAUUUGUGGCUCGAAAAGCAAGAGACGUGGUGCAGAUAUGCAUGAGACAUCUCCAGGGAGUCGUCAUCUAGUAGUGCAAGUCUGCAAAAAAGCGAGAGAUGUGUCAGAGAAACCACCAAGAUACAGCCCCAAGAUGAUAGGGGUAACUCCAGGCAAGCAAACAAGCAGGUGA